AUGGUGAGGCAGUUGGACGAUGAAAAUAUAUUCAAUAUGCUAGAAGAAAGAAAUGAAAGUGAAAAUAAUGAAGAUAACGAGAAUAAUGGAUAUAAUGAUAAUAACCAAAAUAAUAAUGAUAAUGAAAACACUGAUGGUAUAGAUAACAAUGAGGAUAUUUUAAAUAAUGGAUUUUUUGGUUCUUCGUUUAAUAACAAUAAUAUCAGUAAUAUAUCAGAGGGUGGAAACGAUUCAAUACAAUUAGGUUCAAAUAGUUUUUUUUUUGAUAGAAACAAUAAUGUCAAUCGAAUAUUGGUUAAUGUAGAUGAGAAUAAUUUACCAAUAAGUUCAUUGAAUGGGACAAAUCAUAUUUUUGGUGUUCCUAGUAAUAUAAAUAUGGAUUCAUUGGUGCAGACAAUUCUUUUGGCUUCUAGUUUGAUAAUUAACGUAGCUACGAAUAAUAGAAAUACCAGAAGAGGCACCAACAUUUUAACAUCUGAUGGAGAAGAUACUAUGGAAGAAGUAAUAGAUGAUGGCAUGGAAGAAAUUGAUUUAAAUGAUGACUCAGAUUAUAUACGUGAUGAGAACCCAUUGGGUGAAUAUGCAAAUAUGGAAUAUGAACUAUUGCAUGGAGUUUCUGACAAUACGAGUUUAUCACGUUAUAAUGGUAUAGUUAAUGAUAAUUUUUCAUUUGUUGAUGAAGAAGAUUUAAUUAGCUUUGAUGAUGAUGCAACUUUAGAAACACAAUCAUUGAUAGCACAUGGAAGAGAUUCUUUGUCAGAAAUAGGAGAUGGGGAAGAAUUAUUUGCAGAUAUAGAUGAAUUCCCUUCAACAAAUGAUAGUACUCCUAGAGAUAAUGUUGUAUAUAUAAGAGGUGAUAUUGUAUUAGGUGAUGAUGAAAUAAUAAUAGAAAAUGGAGAAAUUAUAUAUAAUAAUAAUAAUCAAGAAUUAUUUGAAGAUAUACCAGAAUUCAUGGAAACUACAGAUAUAUUACAAGAUAGAGAACAAGUUUUUGAAUAUAAUAUAUCUGUAGCUAAUCAAAAUACAACAAAUGAUAAUUCAUUUAAUUUUAAUGCACCACAAGAAAAUACAGUAGCAAAUUAUAAUUUAUCCAGAUUUUUACAAAGAUAUGGAACAAAUACUCCUCCUACGCAACAUAAUGUAUCCAUACAUUCAGAUGGACAUUCAUUGACAACUGACAAUAAUCUUUUUAAUUAUGUUAAUAGUUCUUAUAUUCGAGAAAAUUCAUUAUAUCCAGGUAGCUUUGAAAUGGCUCGAUAUGCCGACAGAUAUCAAAUGGGAGAUACCAUAGCAGAAGGGUUUUUAUAUUAA